AUGGAUUUCGGCGUAGCGUCCGGCGUUGCGGGGUUUGUCUCGCUGCUGAUACAAAUCGCCUCUGGCAUCAACAAACUCCGUGACAUCCUCAAGAACGCAGAACAGGCUCCCGCGGAGCUGGAACAACUCCUCAGUGAUCUUGUGUUCUUGCAACAUCUCAUGGAGGGAGCUAAGGGACUGUCCCGCGACCCCGCUCUUGAGCACUGCGAAGCAACCUGUAGUCUCCUCGUCCAGGGGCUGGAAAGGCUGUACCAGAAGUUGCUCAUGGAUUGCGAGAAGGUAAAGGGGCCAAAGAUGAUGAAGACGCUCCUGGCUUUUCGACAUUGGAAAAAGGACGUCGAAGACUUGCUCCGGAAUAUCCAAGCGGCCAAAAUUAACUUAAUCCUUCUCACCUCGCAUCGAACUUCACAAUGUCUUAGCGAGAUGAUGUUGGUGAACCAGCUUCAUAUCACGUCUGCUCAAGUAUCAAUUCCUGCCACCAGGACCGACUCGGCCGUGUCUCCAACACCGCUGGAUGCUUCUUCCCGCCAAUCCCCCGGGUCUUUUGCUCCUGCGAUCAGCUCUCGGGACAUAGUUGCCCUAAGACCCAAGGCUCGCGGUAACUGCUUGUCUAGGUCUUGCUCAUGUUCAUGCCAUCGUACGCAAAAGACUUCUCGACGCUUCUGGGCGCUCGAAUACACUCAUCCAACAGUCUUCCGGAGAACCUGUGACUCUCCGUCCUGUAAUACUUCCAAGUAUGGCGGAACGUUCAGGAUCGCGCUGUCGCAGCUUGGAGUCCGGUGGGCCGCGGCCAUCCAGUUUUACAUCCUUGCGGAAUCGGGAAAGUUCUCCAUGCGGCCCUGCUUCGAGAUGGAACGAAUCGUACCUUAUACGUCUCCAGGUUUUGAGUUGCUCUGGAAAUGUGCCCAAGAUCUAAUUGGGGUUGAAGAAGCUAAAAGGGGACUUAUUGAACUGGAAAGGACGGACCCAUCAUUCCAUACACAUGUCAACCCAGAUGGAAAGUCUUACAUUGAGGAACUUCUACGAUAUACGUGGUGGGGCUUUGAGAAACAGUUCCAGUUACUCGAGCUUUUCAUGCAGGAGUUCAAGAUGUCAAAGGGAACCGAACGUCCUGGCUUUCUCUCACUCUGUGCAAAAUGGAUAGGAGAAGGCCCUCAUAUAGACUUGCUAGAAACACUCUUCACCCUCGGCUUUGAUGCAACUGUGGCCGACACCCAGAACUGGCCGGAAGUGUCUUCACCAAAUUGGCGGUCCGAGGGAAUGACCCCCGACCCAUUCUUCUUAGAGUAUAUAAGUAUGUUGUGCAAAGAUAAUCAAGGAUUUGCCGGCUUGACGCCUCUUCACGAAGCCAUCGUUUCUGGUUCCCCAGAUUCGAUCAGAAAAUUGGCCCCACGAUUUGACAUCAACGGGAGAAACUUUCUCGGCCAGACUCCUCUCCAUUUUGCUGUCGUGAAUCACCUGCACCUGGAAGUCUUUUUGGAAUUUAACCCCGACCUCGACGCCCCCGACAACUAUGGCAACACGCCACUGAUGUAUGCGGCAGCAGAGAAUCAAGAAGAGUCUGCGAUGAUGCUCCUCGAUGCUGGUGCGGAUGUAUAUGCUGAGGAAAGCCGAUACAAUCGCACCUUCAUUGAGUACGGGGCUCUGCGGGAUCAUUGGAAGCUUGUUCUCAACUGUCUUUCGCGAAUCGAGUCCUUGAUGGGCAAGAAAGUUGCGGAAAACUGGGCCGAGCAUGCUACAUUGCUAUUUCACGUCCAAUAUCCGAAUACACUAAACAACAGGAACGUGACAUUCCGUCAGUUCCUUGUCAAAUGCCCCGACGUCAAUUUCUUCUACGACAAUCUUCGUACCAAAAGCCAGGAGAACACCCUCCUUCACAGUGCUUCAUCGAGAUCGGACUUGGACGCGUUGCUCGACAACGGAUUCAAACUUAUCAGCCACAGGAACAGCACAGGUCGACAUCCUCUCAUUGAAGCUGCUGAUCGAGCUGUGCCUCGCCUUGUAGAGGGUCUUCUUGAUAAUGGGGCCGAUAUCGCGUUAAAAGACCAUUGGCAUCGCACAGCGCUUCAUCACGCUUUAGCCAGAUUAGAAAAAGUUUCAUAUGAAGCUAUUUAUGAAGCUAUUGACACUAUCCUCAUAUUGGUGACUCACGGGGCGGAUCUCCUAUCCAGAGACAAUUGUAGAUGUCCUUGUUCCCCCGAGGGUUGCCUUCUCGGUGUAGAACUCAUGCAUACUGUUCAUCAAAUUCGGGGUCAUGUGCAUUUCCCUGCAUGGGCACUAGAAUGGGUUUGCCUUGUCUACGAGAGCAGGGGCACGGAUGGGGCCAAGACAGCUAUAGCUUCGCUUUUGCGACGGACGAAACAUAAAGAGAUGGGAAUGACGCAUAUCUGUUGUCGGAGGCAUCCCCCAUUUCCUUGGGGCCCCUCUUUCGUCUCUGGCGGUCCAAGUUGCAUUCCCGACGAUGACAUCGAUGAUAUCUUGGAUGAGGAGUCCGAAUUCAUCGAGAUCCUAGAAAAGGAAAUGACGCAGACCACUGUCCAGAAGUACGAACUGUUGUUUGAUGAAUGGGUCCGACAUAUCAAGUCAUCACUAGCUGUCUUGUGCAAAGAGGCUGUAAAGUAUGACAAGAAGGUCGAAAACGAUGAAAAUGGUAAAAAGGCACGUUAA